GACAGCACGAGAGGGCAGUAGAUAACUUCCGCCCUUACACAGACACACAUUGAGCUGAGGAGGAUUCAGAGGAGACAGAGUGAUUUCACUGUUUAUACCAGCUCAGGUGAGCUCUAGGCAUUGCUGUCCUAGCUCCAUGUGGGGCUGUUGCCAGUGGUUGGUAACGUUUUGGCAGGAUGCUUCCCCAGGGUAGAUUACUGCUGGCUCAGGUCUCCGGCUAUUGGAAGCCGCUCUUCAGAGGCCGAUUUCUGCUGGUUACUAACACGGUCAGUUGUGGAGCACUACUUGGCAUUGGUGAUACCAUCCAGCAGACUCGGGAGCUACGAAGAGAUGCCAACAAACAGCGGGACUGGCUGCGGACAGGUCGGAUGUUUGCUAUAGGCUGCUCAAUGGGUCCGAUGAUGCACUUCUGGUAUUCGUGGCUGGAUAGGGCCUUCCCUGGUCGCUUGGCCAGAGUUGUUUUGAAAAAGGUGCUAAUUGAUCAGUUGGUGGCCUCUCCUUUUCUUGGAGUAUGGUACUUUUUGGGUAUGGGCACCAUGGAGGGACAGAGUCUGGAUAAGAGUUGGGGAGAGUUUAAAGAUAAGUUUUGGGAGUUCUACAAGGCUGACUGGAUGGUGUGGCCAGCUGCACAAAUGAUAAACUUCUACUUCUUGUCACCCAAGUACCGUGUCAUUUACAUUAAUGUAAUCACAGUAGGAUGGGACACUUACCUUUCCUACCUGAAACACAGGACUGAAGACCCUGCUGCAAACAUUGACAAAGAUGGUAGAAAAGUUUGUGCCUCUGACCAGCUCUCCAGUAAUUCCCAACAUCUACCAAAGUCAUUGGAUGAAAAUGUUUAAGGAGAAGCAAAUGACGGAUCUGUGCCUUCUGCAUUGAUCACUGCUGUACCAGGCUGACACACUGCCUGGUGUCUCCUUAAUUUACUACACCUUUAUUACACUGUUCUGCAGAAACCUGACUGAUUGUUAAUAAGUGGAAAACAAUGGUUAUGGUGAUGUUGUAGUAUGAUUAUGUUGGGAUACAUAUAUAAAAUGUAUCUGAUAAGCAAUGGUAACGGAGUGGGGCUUGUGCAAUUAUGGCCAGUGCCUCUGUUUAGAAUUAUUUCAAUAUUUUAAAUUCUAGCUGUAAAUUUUUGUAUUUAAUUAAAUGUGAUAUAUUGUGUGCACUGAAGAUGAAAUAUCUUUGCACAUAGAAGCUGCUA